CCUUCGAUCGCACGAUGGCCACGAAGAAGUUCAGCGGCGCGCCGUUCGGGAUCCAGUCGGCCAGAUUUGAUGUGUCGGGGGUCCAUCCCAACUGCAAGACGCCUGGCGGCUACACUCAAGUCCCCUACUGCAAGAGGGCCAACAGCGAGGAGGAGCGGAGACUGGGACCGGGCACUUACAAUGUUGACACAGGGGACUUCAGCUCCAAGGCCGUGGCACGGCGGGCUCAAGGACCCGGCUGGAAGCGUCAGCUGGAAACGUCCCGCCUGGCAAAGAUGCCCCAGUUGCUGUACAGGGAGGCAUGGAAGAACAAGCAGUUUUUGAAAUCCAAGGUGGGCCCUGGGAGCUACAAGAUCCAGGACUUCAUGGAGCUGCGGGACCAGCGCCCGUCCAGCGUCCGAGGAGUGUGCGAGACCCGAGAGCGCAGGUUCAAGAAGACGAGCGAGACCAACACUCCAGGCCCAGGCAGCUACGGUGAAGGUGGCAUCCCGUGGGCAGCAGUGGAGGAGACCCAGCGGCAGAAGCGGCAGAAUCACCGAUUUGAGGGCAGCUCUUCCUCGGGCCGAGAGCUCCUGCCAGUGGGCUGCCACCUGGGCCCGGGCACCUACAACCUGAAAGACUCGAUCGAACUUCUCCUGAGCCGCACCGUCAGCAACAGGGGUCCCUAUGAUGUGUUCACCGGGUCCCGGAGUCGGCCAGUGACCUGCGGGUACUUCUGUGAGCCGGUGGGUUCGCGUGCCAAUCCCGGGGAAUACAAGAUCAAGAACUUUGUGGAACUGCUGGACAACAAAGAAAGAUAUAAGCACGGUGUGUUUGGGACCCUUCCUCAGUACCCCGCCGUCUGUACUGACCGGAUUGGCUGCACCACUCUCUCCCACCAGCACCCGACAGUGGACUGGCUGGGCCCCGGCUGCUAUGACGUCAAACUGUUAACCAGGCCGGAGAACCACUCGGCGCCACCCUUCAUGUCGUCCAGUGCCCGUGCCAGCAACAAGACAGAAAGCCAGGGUCCUGGCGUGGGGCGCUAUGACAUCAGCAGGCUGGGCACAGCGAUUGACUAUCGAUCUGCGUUUCACUCCAAGACUCAACGCUACCUGAGUGACCUGCAGCGAGACAAACACCUGAUGGAGCGCCUACGCUCUGCCAAACUUCAGGGUGAGCAGAAACUGGAAUGAAGACCACCCCACUGCGACUGACCCCACUGACUCCUAGGCCUGGCCAUCAUGGGAAUGUGAAACACUGCUGGCAUCGGGCACCCACCAACAUCACAAUGAAGGAAAGAAAUGGCACUGUCCUAAAGUGGCCAGCAGAGGGCAGCUUACACUUAUGUCAGCUGAUCGGGUGUUGUGGGGGGUCUCCUGCCCUCACACUGGACAGUCACUCAUGUUGUCAUCUGCUCCUUUCAUGUGUCAUUAUCGCAUUUUCACUGACUACCUCUGUGCCGCGUCCUCUUGAAUUCUUCAUCUCUUUUGGUGAUUCCGUGUGUCCAGUACUGGCGUGGUGUGUGUGGACCACUGGACGGACCCCCGGACCGGAGGUGACGCACCAUCUUAUCGUCUGUCCGGCCUUUCAUUAGCCCCUGGCAUGAGGGGGCCCUCUAGUGGCUAAAGUGCAGAACUGACGGUGAAGGCUCACUCGCGAGGGAGAGUUGAAAGGCGCUAUAUUGAUGUCCACACCUCCAAGUGCCUCUGCGACUUCCUGCCUGGUCUCACAACGGACAGCAGGAAGAUGAAAGCCAUGGCAGCAGCAGUAAGAAGCUUUGUGAAAAGAGCCAUAUAAGGUCACCAAGCCACACUGGCAGCAGCUGGUGUGACCCUGAAGAGAUUCAUCUACUUGUGUAAAAGAGUGAGCUACGAAAGCAGUGAUCUCAUUGGCUCUUUAGAGGUGUUGCUACCAGGUGACCUAAUAUAGCGCCUUUUAUUACUGAAUAUCAAUGUCUUGAAAUAAUGACAAUAUGCUAAGGCUCUUUGUGACUGGUUUACAGCAAGUGACCUAAUAUAGCGCCUUUAAAAUCUGAAUAUCACCGUAAGGGUACUUGUAGGAGCUACCACCAACUGAGUGAAUAUAGCGCCUUUGCAUUGUGA